CCACUUUGUUUUCUGUACCAUGAACCUUCCAAAUUGUAUCAGAUAUUCCGUGAGAUGUAUGUGCGUUUUUUCUUCAGACUCCAUUCCAUCUCUUCUCAUCCCUCUGGCAUUGUAUCGUUGUGUUUACUAUUUGAGACUCUUCUACAAACCCACCUGCCUCAGCUCUUUUAUCACCUUCGAGAAAUUGGGGCUCAGCCGCUACGGAUUUCAUUUAAAUGGAUGGUACGAGCAUUUUCUGGUUAUUUAGCUACAGAUCAACUCUUGCUUCUGUGGGACAGAAUCCUGGGAUACAACUCUUUAGAAGUUCUUGCUGUCCUGGCAGCUGCUGUGUUUGCUUUCCGAGCAGUCAACCUGAUGGAGGUGACAUCACUGGCUGCAGCUGAAGCCGUACUUGCUGACCUUUCGACCCUGAAAGUUAUGCCUCUUCUUCAAAUCUUUUUGUUUGCUACCGUCACUUGAUCUGCUUCAACAAUACUAGCAGCACAAUUCCAGUCUUUCUUGAGAAGCUACUCAUCAACUAUGCAAUGUCUGCAUAAAACCAAAAUAAAACUGUAUGAUAUUAAUUUAGAAGUCAUGACCUUAAAAUUUUCUGACUGAAAAUUAAUACCUUUGCAUACGAAUGUGUGCAGUGCAUGCUACUGAAUUUCACCCUGACAGCAAUGGUUCUUACUUGUACACUGAGAAUGACUACUUGUGCAAAUAAUAUGAAUCAGUGUCUGAAAUGCAUGUAAUACUAAAUUAAAUAAAGCAAAUGUAAUU